AUGUCAAUUCCGGAGGCCAAAGAGAUGGGCCAUGUCGAGCCCGGUGCCCACGGCCUGGCCGGAGGGCAUGAGGAGGGAUUCGUCAUGGACCCGUCGCGCCGUGCUGUAGUAGAGAAGUCCAUGAAGCGAAAGCUGGAUCUCCGAUGUUCGCUGUUCGUGUUGAUCUACAUUAUGAACUACCUUGAUCGCAACAACAUUGCGGCAGCCCGUCUCGGAACACUUGAGAAGGAUCUCAACCUCGAGUACAACCAAUAUGCAACAUGUCUUUCUAUUCUCUACGUGGGAUAUAUUCUUAUGCAGGUCCCUUCAAAUAUCUUUAUCAACCGUAUCGAAAGGCCAUCCCUGUACAUUGCUUGUGCAAUGCUUCUUUGGGGGCUUAUAUCCACUCUCUCGGGUAACGCCCAGACCUUUGCACACAUGGUGGUCAUUCGAUUCUUCCUAGGCUUUGUUGAAGCUGCUUUCCUGCCCGGCGCCCUGCUGCUCCUCAGCAAAUGGUACACCCGCAAAGAACUGGCCCUGAGGAACGCCAUUCUUUUCUGUGGAAACCUCAUCAGCAACGCCUUUUCAGCCCUCGUUGGUGCCGGCGUCUUGUCCAACAUGCAUGGCGUUCUCGGUCAUUCUGCUUGGAGAUGGCUAUUUUGGAUCGAGGGUGCAAUUACCAUGCUCAUAGCCAUCAGUGCCAUGUUCAUCCUGCCUGAUCUUCCGCACAACUCAAAGGGCUUCACCGAGGAGGAACGUCAUGUUGCUCAGUUGCGCAUGACGGAGGAUGUGGGAGAAGCCGACGUGGAUUCGGCCGAGCAGGGGAUGUUUGAUGGCCUCAUGAUGACGCUCAAGGACUUCAAGGUCUACUUGAUGUGUAUCAUCUUCACAUGCUACGUUAUUGGCCUGUCUUUCAACGCCUUCUUCCCCAGUUUGACUGGCACUCUUGGGUUCGAUUACGUUCCCACCUUGCUCAUGAGCUCGCCCCCAUGGGCUUUCUCCUGCAUAGUGUCCCUCAUCAACGCAUGGCACUCUGACAAAACUCAGGAAAAGUUCUGGCACAUCGUCGGUCCUGUUUUUGUAGGCAUCAUCGGUUUCGUCAUAUCGAUGGCAACCGACAACACAGCCGGCCGUUAUGUGGCCCUCUUCCUCCAGGCAUCAUCCUACGCCGGCUUCAUAGUCUUUUACUCCUGGAUCAGCUCCUCCUUCCCACGCCCGCCCGCCAAGCGCGCCGUCGCCUUGGCUCUGGUCAACGCUUUCUCGCAGUUGGGCAACGUCGCCGGCUCAUACGUGUGGAACCUCAAGGAAAAUGGGUACCGCCUCAGCUACACCAUCGUGCUGGUCAUGUUCGUCAUCACCGCCGUCGGCUGCUGGAUCUUCCGCCGGAUACUUCAGAACCUCAACAAGAAGCUCGAUGAGGGCGAGGCGGCAUGGGAGACUCAGGCCGAUGUUGCACAGCAGACGGCCGCUGUGGAGAAGCUCGGCGACUCGGAAGAUCAGCGUCUGGAGAGGAUGCGUAGGCAGUUCCGUUAUCUGGUUUAA